AUGCAAUUUUUCAAGUCAUUUUCCAUCUUGGCCUUAGCCGCUCAGGCUUUGGCCGAAUUAACUCAGUAUCAGUUCUUUGCACAAUCAGACAAUGAGGAAGUUGAUGGACACGGGUUAUAUUACUACAAUGAGGGAGGGGUUAUCAACUACUACUUUGUUUCAAACAACACCGAUGCAUCUUCAGCUUCCAUUGUUACUUAUGAUGACGAAACGCAAGAGUUCUACCAUCAGGCUAGUCCACAAGUUAAAUAUGUUGUCACCAACACUAACAGUAUUUUCCAGUUGAGUGGUCAAGGUGAACCAUUGAAGGCUCCAAUUAGUGAAGACGGGGAAGUUUACUUUGGCAGUGCUGUGAAAUUGUAUGUUGCAAAGGACUAUGGUGAUCCAAAAGGUUACUCUGAGUAUAAUUAUGGUGUUCUUACCAGAGUUGUGGAGAAUAGUUUUACCAUCAAUAUUAUAGCAAAGAAAUAUGAAUCAUCUUAA